AUGAGAAAUUACCGUGGCUCUUUCAGGAGUCUGCAUAGACUCAACACCCGGCUCAGCACGCAACCACGCCUUCCACGACGAAGACUAUCGCAUCGCCAUCUCUGGACAUCUCCAUCCAAACAGGAUGCCAAGCAAGAAGCACAACAACGAUCGACGUUGCCAGUAGCAGUAAUCACCGGCGGCCUUUUCAUCUGGUGGCUCUACCCUUCUGACGACUUUGCACAGCUUUCCGGCAAACAAGAAAGAUUACGACCCAACCAGGACUCGGCAAGAGACGAGAAACGAGACACGAACCAAAAUGCCGCUCCGGAAGGGGAUCAGUCGGCCUGGGUAAACUUCGCCGGCCGCUUCGAAUCAUUUAUCACGCUUAACGACGUUGAAUUCUCUUCUUUUUCCGACAAGAUUGUCAGCUAUCUCCUCCCGGAGUGGUCAAAAUUCAUACCCGGAUAUGUUCGCAAACUACAACACGAACUAUCCAUGGCCCCGGGCUCUCUUGCCGACGAGAUUUGGCAAGAUGCACACGAUCCAUUACUAAAUCCCGAGAUCCAAUACUCAGCCCAAGUCCGGGUAUCUCCAAACCUUUGCGAGGAGGAAAAGGAGUUCCUGUCCCGACGAAAACGAGUUGCCAGGAUUGGGUUGGCCAAAUAUCUUGGGCUCGAAGAGGAUGAAGUACACCCGGACGAUGUCCCUACUAUUGCUAUGUGCGGCUCUGGAGGAGGCCUGAGAGCGCUCAUUGCAGGAUCUGGAUCGAUGCUCGCUACAGAAGAAGAUGGGUUGUUUGACUGCGUAACAUACACUGCAGGCGUGAGCGGUUCAUGCUGGCUCCAGGCCCUGAACCUUACCUCAUUCAACAAGGGCAGCAUGAGUAACCUCAUCGACCAUCUAAAAGCCAGAGCCUCAACUCAUAUUGCAUACCCACCAGAGGCCUUCCAGUCUCUUGCUUCUAUGCCUACCAAUAAAUACCUUCUUAGUGGUAUGGUGGAGAAACUCAAGGGUGAUCCAAAAGCCGAUUUUGGCCUGGUCGAUGUCUACGGAGUCCUAUUAGCAGCAAGAUAUCUGGUGCCGAAAGGAGACCUUGGAGUCAACGAUCGCGACUUCAAGCUCUCGAACCAACGCCAGUAUGUUCAGUAUGGACAACUCCCACUACCAAUCUACACCGCCGUAAGACACGAGAUCCCCAACUUGCCCGAAGCCGCCGAGCAGGGACCUAUCGAAGCCGAGAUUGCCAAGGAAGAAGCCAAGAAAGAGGCUUGGUUCCAGUGGUAUGAGAUCACCCCCUACGAAUUCUUUUGUGAAGAGUUUGGUGCCGGUAUCCCUACCUGGGCUCUCGGGCGUAAGUUCGACAAGGGUCUCGAUGUUCCCCCUGAGCAUGGUUUCCAUCUCCCUGAACUCCGAUUGCCUCUUCUCAUGGGCGUCUUUGGCAGUGCGUUCUGCGCGACUCUCAGUCACUAUUACCGGGAGAUCAAACCAUUAGUCCAAGGGUUGACUGGCUUUGGCACCAUCGACGAGCUCAUCUCAACACGCGAUGAUGAUUUAGUCAAAGUACACCCCAUUGAUCCCGCCAAGAUACCCAACUUUGCCUACGGCAUGCACGGAAGGCUGCCAAAAACUACGCCUACCAGCAUUUAUGACAAUGAGUACAUUCAACUCAUGGACGCUGGAAUGUCCAACAACUUGCCCAUCUACCCUCUACUGCGACCGGGUCGAGAUGUGGAUGUGCUCGUUGCAUUCGAUGCAUCGGCAGACAUCAAAACUGAUAACUGGCUGUCAGUAGCUGAUGGUUACGCUCGUCAACGUGGUGUCAAGGGCUGGCCGGUCGGAAUUGGCUGGCCCAAGUCCGGAGAAGCCACAUCACAAGUUGUCGAAGAGCUUGACGAAGCACAAGCUAAAUCGGCUCGCGAGGCCGAGGUUAAGCUUCGAGAAGCCAAGAAAGAGCAGGCGGAGCUUCGUCAAGAGGCCCACGAAGAGGGAAGGCAGGUCAUGGCCGAGAACGACAAAACCAAGUUCGAGCAUGGUGAUCAAGAGUCCGGCGACUUGGGAUACUGUACUGUCUGGGUUGGCACGAAUGAAGAACGCAGCUCCAAGCCGCCACCUCCUUCGAAAGCCAUAUCAGGUGACACAUCGUGGCAACUCAUGGAACCCGAUGCUGGCAUUGCCGUCGUAUACCUGCCUUUUAUCUCCAAUGACAAGGUGCCCGGCAUUUCUCCUGGAACUACCGACUACCUCAGCACCUGGAAUUUCAUUUAUACCCCUGAGCAGAUCGACAAUGUUGUUGAGUUGGCACGAGCGAACUAUAAUGAAGGGAAGCAGCAGAUCCGAGAUACUAUUCGUGGGGUGUAUCAACGCAAAAAGAAGUUUCGCGAGGAGCUUGAAAAGGCCAAGCGACAGGAUCGCUACCGGGCUCUUAUGAGGAGAGGCGAGGGUGUCCGGUUAGGUGAGGGCGAUCAGUUUAGUUGA